AUGGAGAGACCAAAGAGCGUGUUUACCCCGGAUGAACCCGGGGCUUUGCCUCUCGACCAGGUCCUCGCGCAGGUAAUUAACGACGACCAGGAAGAAUGGGAGUACGAGUACUCCGCCACAGAGACAGAGACAUUCUACCUCACAGUAGAACUCUCGUAUCCUGAGUUCAAAGAGCGCGCAGCUAGAAUCCCUCAGCACAGUCGCGGCGGAUACUACAGGAACUGGGCGGAACAGGACGCGCCGCGCGAAACUCCCAAACCGCCGCCGCAAGAGGCCAGACCAGCCGCCGGCGACAACAGCGACAACGAGGAAAUCACCGCAGAGCAAGACUACGAGGAUGACGGCACGCCGCUGGACCCGGCCCUCCUAGCCAUGAGCAACGGCAAGGGUAAGGACAAGGCAACAACGCCUCUGCCCGCAGACACGCCAAAACACCAAGAAGGAGCCCAGCCCGCCCAAGCCCAAGAGGAACCCCUGGUGACGGAAGACAUCCAAGUCCUGGACCUCCACACGCCCAGCCCCCUCUUCUCCUACAGAGGCCGCCUCUUCCAAGGCCACUGGGCAGAGGUCAUUGGCACCGAGGUCAUCCUCGCCGGCACGCCGCCCUCCGACGACUCGGCCGCGCUCCCCUCGCUCCGCACGCUGCCGGGUGACAUCUCCCUCCUGGCAGCCAGUUCCUCCCGCAUCAUGACGAGCGAAAAGAUGCCCCGCCCCAAAAUACCCGCUGUGGACAAGCUCGCUCCCAUCAAGGAAGAAUGGAACAUCCGGAUCCCUCGGGCCAAAGACAAGACGGGCGAGCGCGCAGAACAAGUCAACUUCCUCGAGAACCUGAUGGCGUUCAAGAUUAAAAAGGGCAACAAGGACCAAGUCACCGUCUACGCCACCGACGGCAAAGGGAAAGAUUGGGACGACAAAAAGUCUGUGUCUUACAGACCGAGACGGAAAAAGAUUGGCGAGGAGCACGAUGCCGAGAAGCCAAAGAAACAAGUGGGCAGGCGGCCGAGGGGCAGACCGAGUCUGGCAACGAGACUGGAAGGGUACCCCGUGGGGUUCGGGGAGGGUGCGACAAGGCAUAUCGAACUGUCGACCAUGACGCCGACGAGAUGGGAUGACCUGGAUAGGGAGGAUGCUGACGAGGAGGGCAGUGAAGACGGUGAGGAUGUUACUAUGACGGGGUGA